UCUUGUCGUGAAGGUUUAUCCAUGGCCACCGUUAAUCCUCACUGCCUCCUCAAUCUUCCUCACAUCCCGCCGCCGAUUAACCGGCCGAAACCUCUUCUAACUCCGUCGUCCCUUCCCUCUCUCUCGCUCCAUGGAAAACCCGAGCGUCUAUCUCCCCUCUCCGCGUCUCUCUCUCUCUCACCAGCAACCGUCUCAUCCUCGUCUUCUUCGUCAUUCGAAAGGGACGAAGCGGAGGAGAUGGAGUCCGCCGUUGAUGGGUUCUUCUAUCUGCUCCGACUGUCGUCUCAGUACCACGACGUAGAGGUAACGAAAGCCGUACACGCCUCGUUUCUCAAGCUCAGAGAAGAAAAAACGAAGCUUGGUAACGCCCUAAUCUCGACGUAUCUCAAGCUAGGUUACCCUCGCGAGGCAUUUCUCGUAUUCGCCUCUCUGUCUUCGCCGACGGUGGUGUCUUACACAGCGCUCAUCUCGGGUUUCGCGAGGUUAGACCUCGAGACCAAGGCGCUCAAGGUUUUCUUCAGGAUGAGAAGCGAAGGCGUGGUCGAGCCUAACGAGUACACUUUCGUCGCGGUGUUGAAUGCUUGCGUGAGGAGCUGUAGAUUCUCUCUGGGUGUUCAGAUUCACGGGUUGGUUGUGAAGUCCGGGUUUUUGGAUUCUGUUUUUGUUUGUAACUCUGUGAUGAGUUUGUAUUCGAGUGAGGAUGCGGUGAAGGUGUUCGACGGAAUGCCUGUGAGAGAUGUUGCUUCUUGGAACACUGUGAUUUCGUGUUUGGUGAAGGAAGGUUUGUUUGAUGAAGCUUUUGGUUUGUUUUGUGAGAUGAAUAGAGUGGGAGGAGUUGAAGCUGAUAGCUUUACGGUGUCGACGCUUUUGAGUGGUAGUGACUCGAUGAGAGGGAGAGAGCUUCAUGGCCGUGUGGUUAGAGUUGGGUUGAGGCAGGAGUUGAGUGUUAGUAAUGCUUUAAUUGGGUUUUAUGCUAAAUAUGGGGAUGUUAGAAAGGUUGAGAGUUUGUACGAGAUGAUGAAUGUGAGAGAUGGGUUUACUUUGACUGAGAUGAUCACAGCUUACAUGGCGUUUGGAAUGGUGGAUUCCGCUGUUGAGAUGUUUGAGAAGAUACCUGAGAAGAACACUAUUAGUUAUAACGCUCUUAUGGCUGGAUUCUGUAGAAACGGUUAUGGCUUGAAGGCGUUGAAGUUAUUCACUGAAAUGCUGCAGAGAGGUGUUGAGUUGACGGAUUUCAGUUUAACGAGCGCUGUGGAUGCUUGUGGUUUAGUUUCAGAGAAGAAAGUAAGCGAACAGAUUCACGGGUUUUGCAUAAAGUUUGGAUGUGCUUCAAACCCUUGUAUCCAGACGGCAUUGCUUGAUAUGUGCACAAGGUGUAAACGAAUGACGGAUGCUGAGGAGAUGUUUGAGCAGUGGCCUUCUAAUCUGGAUAGCUCCAAGGCAACAACGUCAAUGCUCCGUGGUUACUCUCGGAAUGGCUUACCUGAAAAGACUUUGUCGCUAUUCCACCGAACUCUUAGGGAAGAGAAACUGGUUUUAGAUGAAGUUUCGUUGACUUUGAUCAUUGCCGUCUGCGGGACGUUAGGGUUUGGGGAAAUGGGUGAUCAGAUCCAUGGCUAUGCUCUUAAAGGUGGGUACUCUUCUGAUAUAGGCUUGGGGAACUCUUUGAUUAGCAUGUACUCGAAAUGCUGCCACUUCAAUGAUGCCAUAAAGGUUUUCAACACUAUGCGAGAACACGAUGUUGUAUCUUGGAACAGCUUGAUUUCUUGCUACAUUCUUCAAAGAAACGGUGACGAGGCACUAACUCUAUGGUUGAGGAUGAAUAAGGAAGGUAUCAAGCCUGAUACGAUCACCCUCGCUCUUGUUAUUUCAGCAUAUAGGUAUACAGAGUCGAAUAAGCUUAGUACCUGCCGUGAUCUGUUCCUCUCCAUGGAGACUAGUUAUGGCAUUUUACCAACAACAGAACAUUACACUGCAUUUGUCCGUGUUCUUGGUCACUGGGGCCUUCUCGAAGAAGCGGAAGAAACAGUAAACUCGAUGCCGUUUCAGCCAGAGGUCUCUGUUUUGAGAGCGCUGCUCGAUAGCUGCAGAGUCCACUCAAACACAAGCAUUGCAAAACGCGUAGCAAAGCUUAUACUAUCCACAAAACCGGACAACCCGUCUGAAUACAUCCUCAAAUCCAACAUCUACUCAGCUUCAGGGCUCUGGCAUCGCUCUGAGAUGAUAAGAGAGGAGAUGCGUGAAAGAGGCUAUCGAAAACAUCCUUCUAGAAGCUGGGUAAUACAUGGGAACAAUGUACACUCCUUCCACGCGCGUGACACGUCCCACCCGCAAGAGAAAGACAUAUACAGCGGGUUGGAGAUACUGAUCAUGGAAUGUCUGAAAUCUGGGUACGAGCCAGACACGGAGUUUGUUCUUCAGGAGGUUGAUGAGCUUAUGAAGAAGAGUUUCUUGUUUCACCACAGCGCGAAACUGGCGGUGACUUAUGGCAUUCUCACGACCAAGGAUCGGGGAAAGCCGAUAAGGGUUGUGAAGAACGUGAUGGUUUGUGGUGAUUGUCACGAGUUCUACAAAUACGUAUCUGUUGUGGUGAAGAGAGAGAUAGUUUUGAGAGACUCUUCAGGGUUUCAUCGUUUUGUCAAUGGAAAGUGUUCUUGUAAAGAUCUCUGGUGAAUCAUAACAAGAGCUUCAAGUUUUUGUCUCAAUUUGGUUUUGUAAUGUUUCGCAUUUGUAAGUUGUUAAUAUACAAGAGUUCUUUCCGUUGGGAUUUGUUGAGGGCAGGUGGAUAUUGAUAGGAUUGUAAAGUUUGGGAGUAAAAUAAGAGAAGUUAGCA